AUGGAUUUCAAUCCAUUUCAUGACUCUGCCAAGUUUGUUGAACUUCUUAAUAGUCAACAAAAUGUUUUCUUUGGCAGUCAAGGGAGUGUUUCACUCUCUUCACCGCAAGCUCCUUUCGUAGGCAGUCAAGAAGAUCCAAUCAUUGGUGAUGACCUUCCAGCAGAGCUUCCAGCAGAGCGUAAGGAACGAAGGAUGUGGACGCAAACUGAUGAUAUAGUGUUGAUCAGCUCGUGGUUGAACACGAGCAAAGAUCCCAUUGUUGGGAAUGAACAAAAGUCAAUGGCUUUCUGGAAUAGAAUUGCAGCAUACUUCUCGGCGUCUCCUAAGCUUGCUGGUUGUGAGAAAAGAGAUAAAAAUCAGUGCAAGCAACGUUGGCAUAAGCUGAAUGAUUUGGUUUGCAAAUUUUGUGGGGCGUAUGAAGCAGCAACGAGAGAGAAAACCAGUGAUGAUGAAGGAACAUGUCAUCCUCCAGGUGUUAAGGCAACAAAAACCAGUGGGAAGAAGCCGUUGGUGCAGGGGAAAGAUCUUUCUCACUUUCGGACUAUGUGGAGCAUCAAGAAAGAAGAUUUAGUGAUGAAGGAAAAGAUCUCGAAGAUGAAGCUACUUGAGAGUCUUGUUGCAAAACAAGUUCCACUUGCUGAUUACGAAGAAGCUCUCAAGAAAAAACUCAUAAAUGAGUUGAUGUAA